CGAUCCAUGUGUUGCAUCGUGUCUGUGGAGCAUGCCGCUCAGCUCGGAUGAUGUUGCGACCUUACAGUCGCGCACGUUAUGAAGCUCUCUGCUGCCCUUCGAACCACCAACUUGGUCCAGAGUCAGUGCUUAUUCAGUCGGUGUAAAGGCGUAAUUGUGAUUCCAACCCCAGUUUCGAUCGCUCGGGUUCGAUGAGUUUCAGUGUAGGCAGUGGUAGAGUUUUGAGCUACGUUCUCGUUGUGGCGGUGAUUUGUGGUGUUUCUACCGGCCGCAUUCACCCCGAAUUCGCGACGAGCUCGGUUGACCCGCAAGGUCAAGCUCAGCGUCUCAUCAAGGCAUUGAACUUGUUCCCGGAUGUUUUGAGUGUAUCCGAUGGGGAGGAGGUAUUUGAUGGUGCUAAGCUGCAGGAGAGGAGACUUAAUUUGGACGUUGGAGGGGAUGCUGGGGUUAGCACCGAGGAGCUUGGACAGUAUGCUGGGUACUUCAAGCUCGCGAGGACUCACGCUGCCAAAAUGUUUUACUUCUUCUUCGAGUCACGAGGGAACAAGACAGAUGACCCUGUUGUGCUGUGGAUGACUGGCGGUCCCGGCUGUGCAAGCGAACUUGCAUUAUUUUACGAGAAUGGUCCGUUCAAGAUCACGGAUAAUCUCAUCCUUGUCUGGAAUGACUUCGGAUGGGACAAAGUGUCGAGUAUUAUCUUCGUGGAUCAACCUGUGGGGACGGGCUUUAGUUAUAGCACUGAUAUACGUGACAUUCGCCACGACGAAGAAGGAGUUAGUGAAGAUAUGUAUGACUUUUUUCAGGCAUUUUACGAAGCACACCCUGAGUUUGUAAAGAACAAGUUAUUUGUCACUGGGGAGUCUUACGCGGGCCACUACGUGCCUGCCGUUGCUGGACGCCUCCACAGGGCGUUGAAGCACAAGGAGGGUGUUCCCAUCGACUUGAAGGGUUUUGCAAUUGGAAAUGGCUUAACCCAACCUGACAUUCAAUAUGAAGCGUAUGGUGACUAUGCCCUUGAGAUGAACCUUAUUACUGAAGAGGAACACCAGAAGUUGGGCAAACUGUAUCUAGCUUGUGCUGCAGCCCUCAAAUUCUGUGGUCCAAAGGGAACAAUUGGUUGUGUUGCUGCUUCCUUUGUCUGCCAGAGCAUCUUUACCUCUAUCCUGGGUAUUGCUGGAAACAUCAACUACUAUGAUGUGAGAAAGGAGUGCCAAAGCUCUCUUUGUUACGACUUUUCCAAUUUGGAUAAAUUCUUAAACAAUGCAACAACUAAAGAAGCUCUGGGUGUUGGAAACCGCAAGUUUGUUGCAUGUAGCCCGUUGGUUUAUUUCGCCAUGAUUGUGGAUGUGAUGAAGAACCUCGAGAAGGGAAUUCCAGGGCUCUUGGAGGAUGGAAUUGAACUUCUUGUCUAUGCUGGAGAGUAUGACCUGAUCUGCAACUGGUUGGGAAAUUCUAGGUGGGUAACAGCAAUGGAUUGGUCAGGUCAGGUAGAGUAUGCCAAGGCUGGCUGGAAGAGCUUUGAAGUUGAUGGUGAAGAAGCUGGACUUACAACAGGCUAUGGACCUCUGCAAUUCCUCAAGGUACAUAAUGCUGGUCAUAUGGUGCCCAUGGACCAACCCAAAAAUUCGCUCGAAAUGCUAUACCGUUGGACUAGAGGAAUAUCCCUUGGUGGCAAUUCUUUUGACGCAACCAUUGUCAAGGAAAUACGUAGAAACGGAAACAAGUACACAAAAUCAGCCUGAAGCACCAUUCCAUCACUACAUGUAGACUUAGAUAAGAUGUAAACCCAGAGUUUAUUCAUAGUUCAUGUAUAGUUCAAUUUCCUGGAUUGUAUGUUGAGACCUUCUGAAAUGUAUUAAUUGUGUUCAAUGAAACUGUCAUAAAGCUUUUGUAACUAUUUGCAUUGA